CUAACUAACCAGCUUGUACCUAUACUUAAACAACAUAUCUGGCUCAAUUCCAUCAUCAUUUGGUGCUUUGACGUCUCUCACUGAUCUUGAUGUGAGUGGCAAUCAACAUAGUGGUUCUAUUCCUUCAUCAUUAGGUGAUUUGAUAUCUUUGAACACCCUUUAUUUGUACCAAAAUCAACUCUCUGGUCCAAUUCCAAUUGAACUUGGGAACUUGACGUCUCUUAUUGAUCUUCAGUUGGCCAACAAUCAACUUAGUGGUUCUAUUCCUUCAUCAUUGGGUAAUCUGGCAUAUUUGAAUGUCCUAUAUUUGGACAACAAUCAACUCUCUAGUCGCAUUCCUACUGAACUUGGAAAUUUGAAGUCUCUCAUUCAUCUUACGGUGAGUGACAAUCAACUUAGUGAUUCUAUUCCAUCAUCACUAGCAAACCUCAACAACCUACACACUCUAUACCUCCAUGUGAAUAAUUUAUCUAGUUCCAUUCCUUUUGAACUUGGGAAUUUGAAGUCUCUCAUUGAUCUUUCCAUGUAUAAAAAUCAACUUAGUGGUUCUAUUCCUUCAUCAUUCGGUGAUUUGAUAUCUUUGAAUGCCCUUUAUUUGUACGAAAAUCAACUCUCUGGUCCCAUUCCAAUUGAACUUGGGAAUUUGAAGUCUCUCAUUGAUCUUCAGUUGGCCGACAAUCAACUUAGUGGUUCUAUUCCUUCAUCAUUAGGUAAUAUGACAUAUUUGGAUGUUCUUUAUUUGGACAACAAUCAACUCUCUGGUGUCAUUCCUAUUGAACUUGGGAAUUUGAAGUCACUCGUUCAUCUUACAGUGAGCGAUAAUCAACUUAGUGGUUCAAUUCCAUCAUCACUAGCAAACCUCAGCAACCUACAGACUUUGUACCUCCAUGUCAAUAAUUUAUCUGGUCCCAUUCCUGUUGAACUUAGGAAUUUGAAGUCUCUCGUUGAUCUUGCCUUGUAUAAAAAUCAACUUAGUGGUUCUAUUCCUUCAUCAUUGGGCGAUUUGAUAUCUUUGAAUUACCUGUAUUUGUACCAAAAUCAACUCUCUGGUCUUAUUCCUACUGAACUUGGUAAUUUGAAAUCUCUUACUGAUCUUGAAGUGGCUGAGAAUCAACUUAGUGGCUCUAUUCCUUCAUCACUAGCAAACCUGAGCAACCUACAAUCUCUGUCCCUAUAUGGUAAUAGAUUAUCCGGUCGUAUUCCUAUUAAAAUUGGGAAUUUGAAGUCUCUCACAAUUCUUGAUGUGGGUGACAAUCAACUUAGUGGAAUUAUUCCAUCAUCAUUGGGUGAUUUGACAUCAUUGAAAGUUCUUCAUUUGUACCACAAUCAAGUCUUUGGUCUCAUUCCUACUGAACUUGGGAAUUUGAAGUCCCUAACUAAUCUUGAUGUAGGCUCCAAUCAACUUAAUGGUUCUAUUCCUUCAUCACUAGGAAACAUGGGCAACUUAAAGUGGAUGAUCCUCAUUAGUAAUAAAUUAUCUGGUCCAGUUCCUACUGAACUUGGGAAGUUGAAGUCCCUCACUCAUCUUGGGAUGAGCUACAAUCAACUUAAUGGUUAUAUUCCUUCAUCAUUUGGUGAUUUGACAUCUUUAAAUUCCCUUUAUAUGCAUUACAAUCAACUUGUUGGUCCCAUUCCUACCCAACUUGUGAAUUUGAAAUCUCUCACUGAUCUUAGGGUGAGCAACAAUAAACUUAGUGGUUCCAUUCCUCUAGAAUUUGGAAAUUCAACUCAACUACAAAGGCUUGAUCUGUCUUCGAAUCAUUUGGUUGGUGAGAUCCCAAAGGAGUUUGGGAAGAUGAAAACUAUGUUGUAUUUGAACUUGUCUGAUAACCAACUUUCAGGUGUUAUACCUAUGGAGCUUCAAUUCUAUGAACGCCUUGAAGAACUCGAUCUCUCUAGAAAUAGAUUGAACGGGCCGAUACCAAAAAGUAUUGGUCAUUGGGCACACAUCCACCACUUGAAUCUAAGUAAUAACAAGUUUAGUGAAAAAAUUCCAUCUGACAUUGGUAAAUUAGGUCAACGAACACAACUUGAUUUAUCUCAGAAUUUGCUCACAGACGAGAUACCAUCUGAAUUACAAACUUUGCAAAGUUUGCAAAAAUUAGAUCUUUCUCACAAUAGACUAUCUCGUUCUAUUCCUGAUGCUUUUACAAGUUUGCCUCAUGGGAUUGAUAUCAACCUUUCCUACAAUGAGCUCUCAGGUCCAGUUCCCCUUUGCACCAACUUUGUAAAUGCAUCCUUACAAGGCAAUCCAGGUUUGUGUGGAAAUUAUACAGGACUCAAAGUUUGUGCAAUUCAAAUCUUGAAGAAGAAAAAUGAUCCCUUUCAUCAUCAUCUCUUCUUUGUAAUUAUGCUCCCUCUUAUCGGGGCAAUUCUACUUGGUCUUUUCAUUUGUGGCCUUAUUGCAUAUCGAAAACGAAAGAGCCAUUCUCAACAAAAACCAUUGGGCAAAGAAGGAGGCGAUUAUUUCUCUAUAAUAAGUUUUGAUGGAGGAGUAGUGUAUGAUGACAUCUUGAAAGCAACGAACAAUUUUGAUGAAGCAUAUGCUAUUGGGAUCGGAGGAUAUGGGACUGUGUACAAAGCCGAGCUACAACAUAAUAGUAUGGUAGCUGUCAAGAAAAUUCACUCAUCAUCUGAGAAUGUUGAUCAUAAUGGUUUCCUUAAUGAGAUAAGAGCAUUAACAAACAUUAGGCAUCGAAACAUAGUGAAACUCUAUGGAUAUUGCUCCCAUGCCCGCUACUCAUUUUUGAUUUAUGAAUACCUUGAAAAGGGGAGCCUUGGAUUAAUCUUAAGAAGUGAUGUCUUAGCAAAAGAAUUGGAUUGGUUGAAAAGGGUCAAUAUUGUAAAGGCUAUAACUAAUGGUUUGGCGUAUAUGCAUCACGACUGCUCACCUCCUAUAAUUCAUAGAGACAUAUCCAUAGCCAACAUCCUUCUUGAUUCUGAUUAUGAGGCACAUAUUUCUGAUUUUGGCACGUCCAAGCUAUUAAAGCUAGACUCAUCCAAUUGGACCGCAGUUGCAGGCACCUAUGGUUAUAUCGCACCAGAGCUUGCUUAUACAAUGGUGGCAACCGAGAAAUGUGAUGUGUAUAGCUUUGGAAUUUGUGUACUAGAAGUGAUCAUCGGAAAGCAUCCCAGUGAACUACCAACGUUGUCUGCUGAUUAUUUGGUGUUUGCAAAUGUUGGAGACAAUCGGAUUCCACUUCCCUCACCACAAGUUGAGAAGAAGAUUAACUCGGUACUAAGACUCUCAAGAGCAUGUUUGAACUCCAAUCCACAUGAAAGACCAACAAUGCAACAAGUUUCAAAUCUGUUAACGAAGGUUCUGCUUUGAAUCGACACCUCUUUGCUGAUCGAUAUAGUGUACUUAAUUUCCGUGUUCUUCACUCUUCUCAAGUUCGGUAUAUGAAUCAUCAUAUAAAUAUGUAUUCAUUUGAAUGUGUUUUUGUAAUAAACUUUACAUAUGUUUGUAGUAGAUAAAAAAAAAUAUGUCAAUGA